CUCAGAAUUGUUCAUAGAUUGUAUUUAAGACAAAUGGUGGCUCAAAUUGGACAGUAGUCAAGAAAAAUUUAUAGCGAAACGUGUGUGUACGAAAUUGAAUUUUUACUUUAUUGAAACCAAUAACACUUAUAAUUGCCAUUGAAUGGAAACUUGAUUUUGACCUUGGAAAAAGAUGAAGGUUGUGCGAGAAAUAGUAAAUUACUAAUUAGGAGGCUGGAUUGUGAUGUGAAAAGUAGAACUGAAAAAAGUCAACUUAAAGUCUGCGAAUCAUGACAGAAAAUUUUGAUUGUGGAAUUUUUUGUAGCUGGGGAUGUCUUUAAGAGAAAGUUAGCAUUGUGAUGUCAACAGCCAAAAGGCUGGUAUUAUCUCUACGAGGGCGCAAGGAGUCACAUAGUACAGCCGGAACAUCAUCAACGCGACUAGUUUCCGCAAAUAGUUCAUCUCCUGGUCAUGAAUUAGAUGAAAUAGCUGUUGUGUCUGGCAGCGGUGAUUCCAGUCAUGCCUUAUAUGGUAGCUUAGGUCAACCAAAUGGACCUCGAUAUAUACCAGGUGCUCCGUUAAACGAGAGUGUUGAAAAUGAUUUGCUACUGCCCACAACCGAUUCGUACGGGCAUCCUCGAUUAUCGAUUUCUGGCAACGAUACUAACCUCAUAUCACCACUUCUCUCACCACUGCCAAAACAACCUAUGUCAGCUGAUGCUAUUUGCUCAGAUUUUGCUGCAUCAUCUCAAAGAGAACGUUGUUCAGAUCGUCAUUCUAUCAGUCGUCAAAGUCUGAUGGAUAUUGUCAGCUCUAAAUUCAGUAUGCCCCGACCGCAUUUCGGCCAAAGCAUAUCACAACAAGGUUUCUUUUCAUCCUCACGAGACAGUAUAUCACCUCCUUGUGCAACCAGAACUUCUCAUUCACAUGUAUCUGCAACGGCAUCGGAAAUGGACCUAUCCCGAAAAAAUCGACGAAAAUCACAAGGACGCUUAAAAAGUGGCGACCAGCCACUGUUAGGUACAUGGAAUCGACCUGGUGGCGGUCGCAAUUCCAAUGCGAACACAUUAGCAACAAAUACAUCUACAAAUCACCUUGGCAGUGGAUGCAAUGGAACAGAUAGAUUUGGUCGUCGGUCUGGCUGCUCAUCAUCAUCACGACUGCGUGCCCAUACCAAAUGGACCUUUGUAUUUGAUCCUGCCGGUCGCCUGUGCUACUACUGGUCAAUGGUGGUGUCACUGGCAUUUCUGUACAACUUUUGGGUCAUCAUCUAUCGUUUCUCGUUUCAAGAAAUCAACUCACAUUCGAUAAUUGUGUGGUUUUGUCUCGAUUAUUUUGCCGACUUUUUAUACUUAAUCGAUAUACUGUUUCAUUUUCGAACGGGCUAUCUCGAAGACGGUGUCUUACAAACAGACUCAACAAAGCUACGACAGCAUUAUAUGAAUUCGACAACGUUCUACAUCGAUUGCCUUUGUUUGCUGCCAUUAGAUUUUUUAUAUUUAUCGAUCGGUUUUAAUUCGAUAUUGCGAUCGUUUCGUUUAGUGAAAAUUUAUCGAUUUUGGGCGUUCAUGGAUCGCACCGAACGCCAUACAAAUUACCCAAAUGUGUUUCGAUCAACGGCUUUGAUACAUUAUCUGCUAGUUAUAUUUCAUUGGAAUGGCUGUUUGUAUCAUUUAAUUUAUAAGAAUAAUGGAUUCGGUUCAAAGACAUGGGUGUAUCAUGACGCCGAAUCUGAUGAUGUUGUGAAACAGUAUUUGCAAAGUUUUUAUUGGUGUACAUUAGCACUAACAACAAUCGGUGACUUGCCGCGACCAAGAUCGAAAUCAGAAUAUGUGUUUGUUAUUGCUCAGUUGUUAUUCGGUUUGAUGUUGUUUGCAACAGUUUUGGGGCAUGUGGCGAAUAUUGUUACAUCUGUAAGCGCCGCGCGGAAAGAAUUUCAAGCAAAACUCGAUGGUGUCAAAACAUAUAUGCGCAUGAGACGAGUACCAAAUCAUCUGCAAGUUAAAGUAAUCAAAUGGUUCGACUAUUUAUGGCUGACACAAAAAUGUUCGGAUGAAGAAAAAGCAGUAUCAUGUCUUCCUGAUAAAUUAAAGGCUGAAAUAGCUAUUAACGUCCAUUUAGAUACACUGAAACGUGUAGAAAUAUUCCAGAAUACUGAAGCUGGUUUCCUAUGUGAAUUGGUGCUAAGAUUAAGGCCUGUGCUAUUUUCACCUGGCGAUUACAUUUGUCGGAAAGGUGAAGUGGGCAAAGAAAUGUAUAUUGUGAACAGAGGACGAUUGCAAGUUGUAGCUGACAAUGGUAAAACCGUGAUGGCAUCAUUAAAGGCAGGUUCAUACUUUGGCGAAAUUAGUAUUCUAAACAUGGGAACAGCAGGUAAAGAACUUGGUAACAGACGAACAGCUAGUGUACGUUCAGUUGGUUACAGCGAUUUAUUUGUGCUGAGUAAAAAGGAUAUGUGGGAUGUUUUGAAAGAGUAUCCGGCAGCAAGAGUAAGAUUGGAAGCAAUUGCUGUUAAGAGAUUGGAAAAAUAUAAGAAAGCUCCGCUGGAAAAAGUGGCGAUGGGAAGAUGUCAGUCAACGCCUGGUUUGGUAGAAACCAAAGGUAGAACACCUAUCGAAGAAAUGUGGCUUUGUCAAUCUACACACACAGCUUUAACAUAUUAUAAUCCACAAUUCAGCCGGGCGCCUAGUCCACGAUCAGCGAGAGGUGAAUUAGUAGCUGAUCGGGCAAAAGCAAUGGAGUCACCUGGAUCGAUAAGUCCCAGUGUAAAUAGUUCAGAUGAACGGCCACGAAGCAGGGCUGCAUCGCACCAAUCCAGACCGACUUCGCAACCUAGUCGAACCGGUCAUCACAUCUGUGAUUCGCUAACGCAUUUAUCCGGUGCCAUGCCUUUACUUGGCUCCCAUGAAGCCUUAGAAGAUGAAAUAAAACGACUCCGAGAUCGAUUGCAUACAGUCGAAGCGGAAAAUGUAACGUUAAAUUCGAAAUUGACACAACAGCAAUGGGAAUUGGAAAACCGUUUAGCUGAAAUUGAGAUGCAAUUGUGCGGUGCCUCUUCAGCGUCAAGUAUUGAUCAGGAGCACGAAGCUGAAGAUGUUGAACGGAAUCGGGAAAGUAUCAUUUAACACGAAAGCGUGCUGCCCGAAGCCGUCGCUUUGGUGUAUGUUAGCUGCUUAUCAUGACCGGCGACUGAUUUCAUUCAAUAUGGGCAGCUCGAAAUUAUUAAGUGGUGCAUAAAAGCGGAUUGUAGUCCUUUGAUGGACGCAAAAAAUUCAUGUACAUAUUUGAUGGACAUUACCGGUGAUUUAGGUAGAUAUAGUUCAGAGUUAUUUAUUUUUCAAUUCAUAUUCACAAUCAACGUGAGCUCUAUAUAACUUCUGUAAAUAAGUUUAUUGAAAAUUGAUUUUUAAGAUUUAACGAUUGACACUUUGCAAUGAAAUUCUUCCAACAUGUAUUGUCAAAAUGCGACACUUUGGUAACUGCAAAAAACGAAAUGCUUUUAGUGAUAAGUAAGCAGUUCUGUCCAUUUUAUUGUAUCGAUCAAUGUUUAGUAUAAAUUUAAAAUUACAUUCCACCAACACUCCUGUUUUGAUUUUGUGUGAGAGAGUAUUGCAAAUCUAAAGAAGAAACCUUUUAAGGAAAUCAAAUUUUUGGCGGUUAUAGGAUUAUAGGAGGAUUAUAGGUUCCAUCGAUUCCAUCAAUUACUACACAACAUCCUGUGUAAAGUGUGAAUUAACCGAUAACCGAUACGUCCCUAUAUCUCUUGCAAUUUUUUUAGUGUUCUUGAAAUACAACGAAUUUCCUCAUCUCAUAUUUAACAUAAUACGGAAGAAAAUUAGGAAAUUAUUUCAGCGAAACAAUUUCACCAAAAGUAGGCACUGGCUACUGUUUACAAAAAGCUGGACAAAAAGUCUCCACAUAGCACAAUAAAUGACUUUCGACUUCUGUUUAAAUAAAUUUCGUAAUGCUCACUGAAGCACAUGAUUGCCAUUUCCCUAUGCCAUAUCGAUUCGCAUAAAUAUAUAACUGGAUGGGGAUGCUCACACUGAAAAAAAUCCGAAUUCUUAAAAAUGAGUUGUUAGGCACCACCGCUCGCAAUAGGUUUAACAACGAUAGCUCAUCGAAUACUCGCAAAUCAGUUUCCUAUUUUCAAUUUAUUUCUCAUGUUGAUGUUCCAAAUGGUAGCAAUUUUUUUUGCUAAUUUUUGUCUUUGAGCCAAUUGGAAAUAAUCUGCAUAUUGAAGUAUUUCACCUAGCCUUUAAUGGACGUUUUCUUAAUGCAAGGGAACAUUCACAAAUUACGCACGCACCUAAGGUUGACGGGGAUUUCUCAGAGAAACUAUCGAGAAACAUUUUCCCUUCAUACAUUAUCGAUAUUUUCUACAUAUAUGGGAGGGAGAGAGGUCUGAGAAUCUUCAUUUUUCGCGUGCAUAUUUCGUGGAUGGUCUCUCAACCGAUACAUUCCUUGAUGUCGACUCAUCUCUUCCACUUACCUCAAAAUUUAUGCAAAAACUGUUCGCGAUGUUAUCUAUAACUCAAUUUUAACUUUAACGUUUCAUUUGCAUUUUCCAUACCUUAUUCCAGUAAAUUCCCGUUUAGAAACAUUUACGAUAUUUCGGUCUCUUUAAUUCCAUUUUGAAUUGCAUAUGUGUUUAUCAUUCCAUAUAAUCCUCCACCAAAUCUACCAAAAUCGAAAUCAAUUUUAAACCCGUGCUUAUAUUGGAAAUGAUACUAAACGUAAAAUUAUUCAUGAAAGUAUUGUUGAUGUUAUUCAUUUGCAUCAAUUCCACGUAAAGCGUAAUGUUAUUUCAUGCAGAAUACGGUAGAAUUACUUAAUAAUUAGCAUACAAAUCGCAGAAUUCAUAUAUAAAUAUUUACUAAACCAAUAUAUUAACGAACAUUGCUGCGGGAGUAAUGGAUAUAUAUGGUUAUACCGGUGAAAAUGUUCCAGAAAAAAAUGAGGGAGGCUGCUAGAACGUAAAAAAGGAAAUAAAUCAAAAAAUGUUACUAUUUACACAUCACUAUAACGUUUAUCACAGGAUCAUAAUAUUUCCAUAACUUCAGCUGCGAAAAGUCAAAAGGGAAAAGAAACAUCUACCAUUCAUGGUACAAAUUGUGUACACUCACAUCGUCAUGUAAACACUUUCAUGAAAUUGAUAAAGCUAAAAAAUAUAGCUUCCGGUUUCUAUGGUUGUUAAUUUUCACGACUGCAACGUUUGUGAAAUAAAAAUGCAUGCGAUUCAUGUUUCAUUUAAAUAUUUUCGAUGCAUAAAUAUUUUACGCAAAUUCCCGAAAAAAAAAAAUACAAAGCUGCAACGUGAGUGUAUAUGUAUAGCUUGUGUACAAAUAAAUACAGGAUAUCAUUUCGUUCAUGGAUAGUUCUGUUAUGCACGGUUCAGUCAAAUUUAUAUUUACAAACCAUCACAACGGGAUUUUUUUUUUAUUUAAACAAAUAAAAAUAUUUUUUCCAUUAAUUUGAAAUAUUUGCUCCCAUUUUAAACCUUUUUCUGCACCUUUCACAAAACAGAGAGUGGCGGUAGCUACUUUAUGGAAACGGUAGGGAUAUAUGUGUGUUUAUCUGUAAAGGGUUGCAUGCGACACGUCAGUUCUAUUAGCAACAGUUCUUACAACAACAAUUUCCUCGAAAGUCAUGAUCAUAGCCUAGUACAUAUUCUUGAUGCCUUCUCCUGAUUAUUUACUGUAGUAGAAUUAAGAGCUCGAUAAUGUCAAUUUCAUCAGAGCUAGUUACAAUAAAAUGGGAGUAGAACUAUACGUUUCACCAGUGGACCCGAAAGGUCGAACUCCUUAUAGAUUUAAUCCUAAAAACCAUGUUAACUACUGUAGCAACCAAUUUGUACAGCAGAAAGCGACGGACGCUGACUGCAAACCAUAAUUAUCACCUUUCAACUUCCAUCUAUAUCCUCGCAAAGGUUUAUUCUGUUUGACACAAAAUAGUAAAUGGUUUUUGUAAAGAACUUUCUGAGCGUAAACUUACGGUAGACAUUUUACUAUCAUUAGCAACGACAAGAUGAUCUCUUAGAUAGUGUAAUGUAUGACAAAAAUUAUUGAAGUUGUAGAUCCCGUAUCAAACAGUAGGAGGUAGUUUACAACAAAUGAAGUAACAGAUUUAAUAAUUGUGAUAGGCUUGCCGUUUGUAAAACGUUAAUCAACAAAAUAACAUUAUACUUUUCUCUGUUCGAAGCAAAAUUGGCCCGGGAAAGUUUAUGAAAAUGGUUAUUAUUGACUUCAGAAGAAUUGUGUAUAAUAUUUAGCAUGAUAACUGGUUCACUGACAUUACACUACACAUUACAGCGCAUUAUAUAUUGUCUCCAUUCGAAUAUACAUUCAUCCCAUAUAACAAAAAAAAAAUGAAUUCAUUGAAUAUUGAGAGAUUCUCUCCUAUAUUGUUUUUACUGAAAUUCAAAAGAAAAACGAACCGUAGCACAUACAUUCACCAAAAUUAUAUGGAUAAAAAUAUGAACAAAUGUGUGAUACAUUUAAAUAUUAAGUGUUGUAAAUAUGGAAUGCCAAAAAUUAUGAUUUUUUAUUUCUGUCGCCAUUAAACUUAUAGGAAAAUGUUAUGACACACUUAAUUUCUUCUAUUAUUAAAAUCGUUUUGAUCAAUUUACGUAAAUAAGUCAAGAUUGUCAAUAUAACAAAAAAAAACUUUGUCAAUAAAAUGUGUAAAAGAAUGAUAUCUUCUAAGUUUCAUUGAGGAUCAUUUUUCAUUUAUUUUCUUUGCUUCAAACAAAAUGUUAAUGAGAAAAUUUAUAUAAAUAAUCAACCAUAAAUACCCGCGCUACGACCGAGAACGAUAAACCGACCGAAAGUUAUAUAGCAUUUUCCUGAGCCACAUCAUAUUAUUUUCGCAAAGGGACCAACGAAAGAUAGAAUUAAUUUUACAAACAUUUAUUCACAUUAAACCAAUAUUUAUAACUUUCGCUGGUUAACCCUUUAAGGGCAUUAUAUGUAAACCGAUAACAAUAACAAUAAUGACGAAAAUGUCGAUAUAAUUUACCAAUUUAAAUUUUGGAAUUUCUCUAUUCUCAAUUUUGCACAAAAACAAUUCUCGUCGCAAAACAGAGUAAUGUUUCUGGGUGAAGUUAUUUUUGAAUGAUAAUUUAUUAAUUAAUAUUCAAUUAAUCGCUAUGAAUGCAUUUCACUUCAAUGCAUCGACACUUCGAAUCAACUUUGAAAAGUGACAAUGGAACGGUGUGUUUUAAUUAGUUUCAAAUUAUUUAAUUGACAAUGUUAAACGAAUUGUUUUUAUAUUUGAAAAAUUUGAUCAGCAAAAUCGAAUUAAAAUUCGCAACAUCUGCUGAACGAACAUAUAUAUUCACGAAUUAGUGGGUGACGAUUUUUUUUUUGUUAAUUAUAAUUUCAUUUAUAUCCGUAAAUGAAAAAUUCGAACUAUAGUUGACAAUUUGUAGGUAGGCGUUGAUUGGUAAAUUUUAGAUACCAUAUUGUAUCUGAUCAAGUGCUAAAGUUAAGUACGAAAAUACAGAGUAACACAUGCCGUGAAGUUUUUAUAUAAAAUAUAAAAAGCAAAUGAAAUUGAAAUUAAUUGAAUAAAACUGAUUUUGUUCUGUGCAUUAAUAUACUUCCCACAUUGAAAUUGGUUCAUAUUGAAUUUCAUCGAGUUCAUGUAAAUGGAAAUUAUAUUACGCGAUGACGAUGAGUAGUUAUUAUUGUUAUAUUUACCAUUAUCAGUCAUUACCGGGGUCUAUUUUAGGUGAGCUAUUCCAAUAAGUUUACUUUUUCGAUCGUUGAUUGUUUCUCGUAAGGAAACCGAAGGGUGACGCACUUUUUGGAAUAAUACUACUGAAUGGGUUAAAUGGACUAAAUUCAAGAAGUAGCUCAAUUGGUAGAGCGUCGAACUGACGCAUUGAUGGUUAAUGAUUCAAACCACUGUCCUUUUCUAAUCAACACAUGAUUAAUGAUUUGCAAUUAGAUGCUUCCAUAGUUGACUUGACACAUUGUCGUAAAGACUUAAAAAUACUUCGUAAUUAGUAUAAUAAGCCAUAUCGGCACGCAACUUUGUCAAAAUCAUGCCUUGUAACUCCAUAUAUGAUUCAUGCACGGAAGUACAGUAGAUUUAAAGUUAAAAAUGCUUGAUCUCAAUUCAUUAUAAUUACAAAUCUGAAAUCUACUGGACUCGAUCACAACAGGUCAAUUAGAGGCAAAAGUGAAUGGUCUGUUUCGCUUAGAAUCCUAAAUUCAAAAAGUGCAACACCUCCCGAAAGAAACUGUGGAAAACGAAAGAGAAGAAACUUACUGAAUCUCCCUUACGUAAGCCCUGUUCGUUGCAUAGAAUGUAUAUUGUCGUUCUGGUGCAUAAUAUAGAAAUAAACAUAGAAGCACAUACAAUUCAUAUAGGUUGAUAGGAGAAAACUUUAACCCCAAAGAUUAAGCACUUUCGUACAUUUAAAGAAAAGAAAAUUUAACGAAUUUAAGCAAAUUGUACAUUUUUCAUCGUUGAUAAUAUUGAUAUCAAAAAAUCCAUAGAAUUUUGCUCCAAAUCAAACUUUAAAAGAGAAGAAAACGUCAAAUCCAUAAAAAAUAUUGCCAAAUGUCGUUAUUGAAUUUAGACACCUUGAAUAUUGAAAUUACUUACCAGAUAAACUAAAUAGAAUUUUAGAAAUUUUAUAUAUAUUUUUAGAUAGUUUUCACAGUAUAAACAAAUCCAAUAGCUUAUCCAAGUGACAUUAAGGGAGGAAAAAUACCGAAAUACUUUGAAAAAUAAAAUGAAUAAUAAAAACUUUAUAUACAAACGAAAACAGUAAAAAUGUAAAAUAAAAUAUUCAUAAAACUACCUAUUUAACGAAUGGCAUAAAAUUUAAAAAAACAAAAAGAUUCGUUUUGUAUUCAACUUACUAAAUAUGAAAUUUAACAAAGAAAGAAAAUGCAAGUACUGCCAAAAAAAUAUUUGAUAAAAUUUAAAUAUUCAAAUUAUUUAGUCCUCGAUAGCAAAAUGAUAAGAAUAGAAUUUUCAAAUUAAUACAAAAUGAAGAGAAAACAAACAAAAUUCCAAUUAUAAAACUUAAAAACCGUAGAUUUUAUAAAGAAAAAAUUGCGAAAUGUAUUUUAAUUUCAAUUUUCUUCUUCUUAUUUUAUCGCUUCAUUUUAUUCCGGGGAGCUAAGAACGUAAAUCAAUCUGAUUUCGCUGUUCGAAAUGUUAAAUAAAACCUUACACAGACAGAUAGUUAUCGAAUCUUGUACUUGGCUUGUUUCUGCAGAUUAAAAUAAAAUCUUUGACUUCAUUCGUUUUAACAAUUUUGCUAAAUCAGAUUACUUUAGCUAUCCAAAGUUCUUGCAGGGACUAUUUUUGGGAAAACGUUUUCUCAAAAUCCACAUUUUCCUUAAUUUUUCCAAAUUUUAUUUUCAGAAAAAUAUGGGAAAAUAUGAGGAAACUUGGGGAAAUAUAGGAAAAACUCUACCCAAAUAUAGUUUCUGGCUUCAUGACUUAUUUUUGUUGUCGUCGAAAACAGAUGAUAUGUCCGUCUGUAAAAGGUGAACAUCAAGCGUCAAACACAGUUAUUACACUCAUGUCCUUCCAUCGCCUAUAUACGUUUGACGUCGAAUUAUUCCUCCCACAUCCGAUAAUAUUCGAUAAGCAAAAAAAAAAAACACAUGAAGUUACUGUCAUUAAAUACGUAUACGCAGGGUACACUACGCGUAUACUUGUGUGGGAACGUCAAUAUAACAUGUAAUCAUUAAUUAACCUGUUUCGAAAUCGAAUUACAAAUAUGCAAAAGGGUUGUUCACAAGUCCCGUUCCUAAUAUAAAAAAAGGAAGGGAGUCUGACAAAAAGUGUAGUAAAUAGAAUGACUUUUAAUUUUGUAAGAAAAACAACACAGCGAAGGUCACAUCAGAAAAACAAUCGACUAAAAUAGAUUUUUCAUGAAUUUGUUUUAAUUUUUUAUAGAAAAUCGCUCUUAGUGGAACGGUGAAAACAGAAAACGCGAUUUAUGAACGACCAUAAAACAGUAGUUCCCUGAAGAAUAUAGAAAAUAAUUGGAAAAAUGAAAAUACAUUAUUCAAUUAAUGUUCAAGUUUUACGCGGCUAUAUUGCAUCAGGUAUACAGAUAAAGUUAUUCAUUCCGAAUAUAUAUUUUUUUUUUCGGAAAUUGCCAUCCCGUUAUUUUGUUAUGCAAACUAAAAAAAUAUUUAAUGUCGAAUCUCUGUUGAUAACUCGUCAACGAACCAUUCGUUAAGUGAAAAUGAGUUUUCAUUUCCAGUACGAAUUUUUAUGCUUUUCAUUAUCAUAAAAGUACACCUAAAUGCAAUUCAUUUAUUUGAUUUUUCUACGUGUAAUACAGUAUGUUUGUAGUAUAAUACAUUUCAAAAGCAUAAUUUAAAUUUAAUAUUUAUUUUUAUGGACAAAUUAAAAUGAAAAAAAAAAGUUUUUAUUUAUGUUGAGAUAUUGUUGUUAAAUUCCAAAUC